GAAAAAAUGAGGAGAAACUCACAACGAGAAGCCAGAGAAAAGUUUCCUGACAGGCGACCAAUAGAUCCUGAACUGUUGAAGAAAUACAAUUAUGGUCAUGGCAUGAGUAAAUAUCCAAAUUUGGCCAGGGAUAAAUUUCGGGCCAUUAAAAUAAAGCAACGGGAGGUGCUUAUACAACAGAGCCGAAAGGACACAGCACGUGCUGAAGUUCUGCUAACUGAACAGCCUGGCUGCAUUGAAGUUGCUCCAGGUGCUUCCACCACAGAGGUCACUCAGAAAAAUAUACUGCAAGCUGCAGACAUCACAACAAAGAAGAAAAGCUUCAGUCUACAGCUUGAUAGCUUUGGUCCAUAUUGCUUCCAAUACUUUCGUGAUGGACGGCACCUGGCGCUGGCGGGGCAGCUGGGUCACCUCGCCACCUUCAAUUGGCUCACCAAGAAGCUCACAAUGGAACUGAACGCCAUGGAAUCGCUGCACGACGUCGUAUGGCUGCAGGACACAUCCGCCAUUGCCGUCGCUCAGAAGAAGUGGAUGAGCAUCUAUGACGACAGAGGCACUGAGCUUCACGUCGUCAAGAGAUUCUAUGAUAUUACCAAGCUAGAUUAUCUACCUUAUCACUUCCUACUUACGGGAUUGAGCGGUCAGGGCAACCUCCACUACUUGGACGUCUCACUGGGCAAAGAAGUGAUACUCAUUCAGCCGAAGCAGCCACGUGCAGUAGCCAUGGUGAACAGCCCCUUUAAUGGCGUCAUGGCCACCGCGCACUCUGGACUUGUCUGUAUGUGGACGCCAAAUUAUAACGAACCGGUGGCCUCCAUGCUGUGUCAUAAGAGCAACAUCUCGGCGCUCACAUAUGACCCUGCUGGCAGGUACCUGCUGACUGCCGCCUACGACCGCAAGGUGAACAUUUGGGACGCUCGAAACUUGGGUAGCCAACUGCAGUCUCUGUCGAUGCCUCACUCCGUCGUCAGCUCCAUGUCCGUCUCCCAGACCGGACUUGUGGCCCUCGCCUGUGGCCGCGACGUAAACAUAUAUAAAGGGCUGAAGGAAGGCAACUUAACUCCUUACCUGCAUCAUCCUCUGGAGACCAAAGUGCAUCAAGUGCAGUUCUGCCCCUACGAGGACGUGCUGGGCGUCACCAGCAGAUCGGGUUUCUCGAGCCUCAUUGUGCCUGGUGCUGGAGAGGCUAACUUUGACGCCUAUGAAGCUAACCCCUUCAGUAACCGCACCACCAGGAGAGAAACUCUCGUCAAGAACCUCCUCGAGAAGAUCCCUUACGAACACAUCACUCUCGACCCUCGCACAGUUACUCAGGUUGACGUGCCAAGCUUGGAAGAGAAGAUGGAGGAGAAACGUCGUCUGAUUUAUAUGAAGGUUCCUAAGAUUGAUCCCAAUCCGCGGUAUCGGAUGAAGGGUAAGAGCGGCUCGGCUCAGACUGCCAGACGGAAGUUGAUCAAGCGCGAGGUCCACAAGAAGCGCUACAUCGAUAGGCUCAAAAGAGCCAGGGAGGGAGCUGGUAUUGAUGACGAUAACGACGAUGAUGACACCAGCGCGGAUACUUCCGAUACCAAGCAUGCUAUUAAACGACCUACGAACAUUAUUGAUGUUUUUAAGAAAAGAAAGUAAUGAAAUUU